AAAGAGAAAGCUUAAAAAGUUAGGUGAUGUAAGUGUGAAUUACAGAUCGCCAUUUCUCAAGAACAACAGAAGGUUGUGCAAGGAAAUGAGCAGGGAUGAAAAGAUUGUUCUUGACUAUGGCAUGCCAAAAGAAGUUGAAAAUGACUGUGUCUAUCAAGAUGAGGGAGGUAUUUUUAUCACUCAUGAGGAGUUUCAAACCCUUCAAGAAGAAGAUAUAGACAACUCGAUCAUUGAUGCAUUUGCAAAGAUUCUGAAUGACAGAGAAAAAUCAAAUAAGACUACAAAGCGCGCCUUCAUAGCGACAACCCAAGUAUAUGCAAUGUUCGAUUUUGCAUGUGGUGACCCAAACGAAAAUGUGGUUGAUAGAUUGGAAAAAGAACUCAAUGAAGCAGGAGCAGAUAUCACAACAUUUGAUAUGAUAAUGUUUCCAAUACACAAAUCUGGGCACUAUUAUAUCUACUGCUUUUACACAAAAACCAACAUUGUUGAUGUGAUUGACAAACGCGUGCUUCCAGACGGGGUGAUCUUUGAGGACAAAUAUGGCGAAACUUUUAAGAAAAUGGGUGAUGGAUUCAAA